AUAUUUUAAAAAACACAGAGAAGACGCUGUACUUCUGGUUGGCUUCCUUUAAAUAUCCACAGCACUAAAUUUUCACUUCUAUCCUCACUAAUCUCUCCACUGCUUCCUGCUUUUACUCCUACUGUUUAUCUCUGUGAAUCAUGGGAAAGAUCAAGAUUGGAAUCAACGGAUUUGGAAGAAUCGGAAGGCUGGUAGCUAGAGUAGCUCUACAGAGAGAUGAUGUUGAACUUGUUGCUGUUAAUGAUCCUUUCAUUACCACUGAAUACAUGACAUACAUGUUUAAGUAUGAUACAGUUCAUGGUCCAUGGAAACAUCAUGAGCUUAAGGUUAAGGAUUCUAAGACACUUCUCUUUGGAGAGAGACCUGUCACUGUUUUUGGUUCCAGGAACCCAGAGGAGAUCCCAUGGGGUGAGACCGGAGCUGAGUAUAUUGUGGAAUCAACUGGAGUUUUCACUGACAAGGAAAAGGCUGCUGCUCACUUGAAGGGUGGAGCUAAGAAAGUCAUCAUCUCAGCCCCCAGCAAGGAUGCUCCUAUGUUUGUUAUGGGAGUUAAUGAGAAGAGUUACACUCCAGAUCUUAACAUUAUAUCCAAUGCUAGCUGCACCACCAACUGCCUUGCUCCCCUUGCUAAGGUCAUUCAUGACAGAUUUGGCAUUGUUGAGGGACUUAUGACCACUGUGCACUCUAUCACUGCUACCCAGAAAACUGUUGAUGGACCCUCUUCAAAGGACUGGAGAGGUGGAAGAGCUGCUUCAUUCAACAUCAUUCCUAGCAGCACUGGAGCUGCAAAGGCUGUUGGGAAGGUGCUACCUGCUCUGAAUGGCAAGCUAACAGGAAUGGCUUUCCGUGUUCCUACCGUUGAUGUCUCUGUUGUGGACCUGACAGUAAGACUUGAGAAGUCAGCUAAAUAUGAUGAAAUUAAAGCCGCUAUCAAGGAAGAGUCUGAGGGAAAGAUGAAGGGAAUCUUAGGCUACACCGAUGAAGAUUUGGUUUCAUCUGACUUCAUUGGUGACUGUAGGUCAAGUAUCUUCGAUGCCAAAGCUGGAAUUGCUUUGAAUGACAACUAUGUGAAGCUCGUUGCAUGGUAUGACAAUGAGUGGGGAUACAGCACUCGUGUGGUCGACUUGAUUUGCUACAUUGCAUCUGUUUCUUCCUAAAGUUGCAGCAUGAUGGGGGAGUUGCUGUCUACUUUCGACGCGCCGGCUUGGAGGUGUUGUUUUUGUGUCUAUGUUUGACUACGAGGCUGAAUCAAAAUAAAACGAAACGGAAAUUAUGAGCUUUGUAAUGUCAUCAGGGUUAUGAUGGUCGUUUAGGCUUUUGGCUUUCUGUUGUGUUCAUGAGGAAGUUUAAUUCCCUCCCAACUGGAUUUUAAAUAUUUUUGCAUUACUAGUUUUGCUUAUAAGGUGUUUUGUGCCA